AUGGUGCGGCAGGUGUCGGAGUACACGCGCAUGCUGGCGGAGGCGUCGCGGAAGCUGAGCAUGUGCGCGCAGUCGACGCGCAUCGAGGCGGCGAAGCUGAAGAAAGUCGCGCGGCUGCAGCAAGCUGCGGAGGUGCGCCGCUUGGGGGAGAUGCGCUUGGCGGCAGCGGCAGAGGCGCGCCGGCAGGAGGAGGAGCGGCGUCGGGAAAGCAUGCGCGCGGCCGCGGAGUGGCAGGCGGAGAGACUCGCCGCGCAGCAACGUGCCGCGGAAGCGGCAGCGUCUCUCUCCACAAGCGCAGCCCCGGCGGAAGCGGGAGCAGGCAGAAAUGGGGCGCUUGUGCAGGGCAUGGAGAGCGUGGGGGCGGCGCAGGGGAGGGCGGACCUGCAAGGGGUUGGCGCUGCCAGUGUUGAUGCGGUGCAGGCUGCGCCUGAGGCGACGGCGGCUACUGCUGCGUCUCCCCUCACUUCUUCACCUACUAAUGCUGCAGCAGGGCAAGCAGCAGCAGUAGCAUAUCUUGAAGUCGCUGGGGCACCACCGACAGAGGCAUCAACCCCUACAGCACCACCAGGCGUAGUGGUGGCUGCAGCAGCGGCAGCAGCGGCGGCUGCUGCUUCCUCCGCUGCGCCCGCACGUGCAGUGGACGGUGCUGCGCAGGCGAGCGAAGGCGCAAUAAGAGUACCACAGGCGCAAGAAUCAGACGCAGAGGGCGACAGUGGGUCGGAAUGGAGCACAGAGGCAGUGCAGGCCUCCGAGGGGGAGGAGGAGGAGGAGGACACAUCCGUGGUGACAGAAACGACCCAGUGCUCCAUCGACCAUCCAGGCGCGCUCUCGUGUCUCACCACCACCAUCCGCAAGGACGACCGCAACCGCCAGGCCGUGGUGACCCUCGAGGCCACCGUGCAGUGUGCGGGCGACGCGUGCCUCACCUCCGCGCCGUCGCUCGGCGCGGACGACUACGCCGCGCUGGCCAUCGCCACUAUCGCGGACGCCGCCACGCAGAUGCGGCGGGAGCAGCGGCUGCAGCCGGGCGGCGAGGCGGGGGACCCGGCGGCGAGCGAGAGGAGGAAGCGGAUUGAGGAGCUGCUGGCGAAGGGGCACGUGGUGAAGGCGCGGCCUGUGGAGCCGCCGUCGAGGUUCGGCCAUGAGAGCUUCCUCGUGCGCCUGCGCUCGCCAGACACCAAGGAAGAGAUCGACGCCAUGUUCAAGCCGCGGGUGGAGGGCGAUGCUGAGGGGUGGCACAGAGCGCCAAUAGAGUGGGUGGCAUACGAGCUCAACCUGCUGCUGGGCAUGGACUACAUUCCCCCGGUGGCGUACCGCACAGGCGGAGUGGAGCUCACUCUCAGCCGCUCAUCUGACCACAGCAACUCGCAGCACCACCACCACGAGCAGCACCAGCAGCAGCAGGAGCAGCACACAGUGCGGUACGAGGAGGGCGCGUUCAUCUACUGGGUGCCACACACCAAGGAGCUGCGCAAGGUGGCGGCGGCGUCGUGGGGCGUGUCUGUGGCGCACCUGCUGAGUGACACGCGCAUCCUGGACGUGCUGCUGAACAACAGCGACAGGCACCACGGGCACUUUCUCUUCGGCCAGCACUGGACGGAUGGCACCAUGCGCCCCGUGCUCAUUGACCAUGCUGCUGGCUUUCGACGGGAGGCGGUGGUGCUGAUGGAGCAUGAGAACGCGUUUCAGACGGGGUCCAUCCGGUGUGUGAGUGCGCACACGUACCUGCGCCUGCGCUUCCUGGACCGCUCCAUCCUCGCCCUCAAGUUCAGCGGCAUGCUCAGCGAGCAGGAGAUCACCGACCUCAUCACCCGCAGGGACCAGCAUACUGAUUGGACCCACACGCCCUUGUUUGGAAUGGCUUUUGAACCUGGGUUUUGUCUUUUACCACUUGCCCGCCUCCCUUGUCCUGCCCAUGUGUUUGCAGGUACUGAGGUAUCUGGACCAUCUGGUGAAGGAGAGGGGCUACCAGCGCACUGUCGUGGAUUAGCCUUCUGCCGAGGACACAAUCAAGGGGGUCGCGAGGAGGAGAGUCGUGGGAUGAUCAGUGUUGAUGAUAAGUAUUCAGAGACACAGCAACAGCCCGCAAUUGAGAUUGAUGAUACCCUGAAGUGUAUCAGUCACCUCCCACCGUGCUUCCGUUCGUUGUUUAGCUUCAGGUAUUUCAAUGCUGUUCAAAGCGAGGCUUUCGGGGAGGUGUACACGACAGACAACAAUAUCGUUGUAUCAGCUCCAACAGUCACUGGAGACACUGACACGACGGUCAAGGAUCUCCACAACGCUGAUAUCAUCCUUACCACACCAGAGUCUUGCAUCCGUCAUGGAGUUGCAUUCCACAAUGGUGGUCUGGACCAGAAGAAUCGAACACUUGUAGAAAGCCUUUUCCUGCGCGGAGACCUCCAGAUUAUAUGCACAACAGCUACCUUGGCUGUUGGUGUGAACCUGCCAGCCCAUCUUGUGGUGAUUAAGUCAACUCAAAUCUACAACAAGGAAAAGGGAGGCUAUGUGGAAUAUGAUCGAGCAUCCAUUUUGCAGAUGUCGGGUCGAGCUGGAAGGCCACAGUUUGACAAAACAGGGAAAGUUGUCAUCAUGACUCGGCGAGAAACGGUUUACCUUUAUGAAAACCUAAUGUCAGGCUCUCAGCCAGUGGAAUCGGAGCUGUUGAACCUGGAGACAUUCGCCAGUCCAUACAACAUUACUGUCAGCACGUCAUUCACUGGGCCAGGUGCUACCCUUGUGGCCUCUGUUGUUCACCAAGACUUUGUGGGGAUCGAUAUCCAUACACGGUUUGAAAUUGGGCCGCCUGUUCAAGAUGGCAAUGUUCAUCGUACACCUGCUGCUGAGGCAGCCCGUGCUCCUGAAUUGAAGGAAAGGCUUCAAGUACGGACCCCAGCAGUGGAGGCUGAAGGAAAGAGUGGGGAGUUGCAGCAAGCUCACAUACCGGAAGAACGUGAUGACCAGGACUUCGAACCGCCAUCAUUCUCCUUGCUUGAGGAAGAAGAGAUCAGACCUCCGAGCAGUCUUGGUUCUGUUACAGGUGGUCAUUUUGAGCAAACUUCUGACUCUGGCAACGGCAUGCUUGAAGAAUCGAAAGAAUGGAGUAACAAUAUCUGGAGCAGUACUACUGAAGAGGGUGAAAAGCAACAGUUGGUAGGAGGCAACAAGCCAAAGCGCAAACCUUCAAAGUUUAGUGAGAAUGAGGAUGAGAUGUUUAAGAGUGUCAGCAGGAAGGUGCAGAAGCUGUCUGCUGCUUCCAAGGGACCACUGACAGCACCUCACUGCCCAAGCUCCUCAGGAGCCUGCACACCUGUGCCUCGUGGCUGGCCAGCCUCUCGUCCAGCUCCGUUUCCUAGGGGCUCCAUGUCUUCCUUGCUCUCUGCAAGGUCUGCUGGAAGCAGAUCUACGUUUAUCAAUGGAGGAAGCAGGGACUCGCAGACAUUAGGCCAUCAGGAGACAAGAAGAGAGUCAGCAUUCUCAUCCCAACCAGGAACUGUUGCGAGCUGGGCUUCUGAGGCUAACCAUGGAGGUGAUGGCCCCCAGUGGGGAUCCGUGCAACGGAGAAAUUUGUUUGCUGGCUUAUGUGCAAGCCAAGAAAAACAGGUGGUGUCCUCGCCGGUCAUACACGGAAACUCCAAUAACCCUGAAGGCACUUCUCCAUUGAAGGAGUCUCCAAUGGCCAACUGUAUGAACAGUUUGUUUGAAGACCUUCUUGAUCAUCCACCCACAGCAGUCCCGACUGAAGAAACCCGCAUCGCUGGAAGAACUCUUCAAGCUGAAUCGCAGCCAAUACUGUUCAAGCCUGACUUAAAGCGAUUUGUGCGGGAGUUUGUCAAGCGACCUUUGACAAGCCGCAACGAGGUGUUGAGGAAGAUCAGUCACUUUGAAAGGUCGAGUGACAGCUAUGUUAUCCCAGUUCAGAAUCAGCAUAAGGAGGAGGCACAGGAUGAUGCCUGCAAUGGUAGUCUCUUCUCCUUUCUGUAA